CUCGGCACUGCCUAUGGUGGUGGCAGCCAUCUCCUACUUGGCAUCAUGGCUGCCCUCAGACCACUGGCGAAGCUCAAGAUCGUCAAAAAGAGGAUCAAGAAGUUCAACCUGCACCAAUCAGACCGAUACAUCAAAAUUAAGCAUAACUGGUGGAAACUCAGAGGCACUGACAAUAGGGUGUGCAGAAGAUUCAAGGGCCAGAUCGUGAUGCUCAGCACUGGUUAUGGGAGUAACAAGAAAACAGAGCACAUGCUGCCCAGUGGCUUUCGGAAGUUCCUGGUCCACUACAUCAAGGAACUUGAAGUGCUGCUGAUGUGCAACACAUCUUACUGUGCUGAGAUUGCUCAGAACAUCUCCUCAAAGAACUGCAAAGCCAUUGUGGAAAGAGCAGCCCAGCUGGCCAUCGUCACCAAUCCCAACACCAGGCUGCACAGCAAAGAAAAUGAAUAA